AUGGACGCAAGCGUUGAUGCAGAGUGGAACGCUCUCUUUGAUUUUCCUUCGGACACUGCCUCUUUCGAUCUUGCAGAGUUAAACGAUCUGCCUGACAGCGAUGGCUUUGAUUCACCUUCGAUCUGUCUGUCUGGGCAGUCGACACCUGGACAUGACCAACAUGCGUUGAAGCUUGGAGAUGGGCUCCAAUCACUCGUAAAUAGUACCGACCCCGGAGAAGCCAUAAACACCGCAGCAUCAACAUCCAAAAGUGGCGGACGCUUCUCCAAAGAAGUAGUUCGGAUGUUGAGAAAUUGGCUUACUGCUCACAAAGCCCGACCUUACCCUACAAGUGAAGAGAUGGAGAUGCUUCAGCAACGGACUGGACUGAGCAAGACGCAAAUUGCAAACUGGUUCGCCAACGCUCGAAGGCGGGGCAAGCUACCGAGAGCACCGUCUUCAUACUCUUCGUCCAACUCUUCGAGUAGACCUGUUGAGAUUGCUCCCAGACCUGAUACUCCAGCUCUAGUGCGGAACAUGCGUUCAAUGAACCCGAUGGAAAGAUGGCAGUCUUCGCCGCCAGAACAUGAGCCGGCUGCUGCCUCAGCUAUCGCCCGUGCUAUGGAGUCGAAUGGGGGUGUGCCUUUGCUGGAGGGCGCCCUCGACUUUCUUGAAUACAGAGACAAUGCUUCACACUCAAGGUACCACACUUCUUCAGCAAGCAGCGCAGGAACUUCAGCCUCCAGUGACUUCUCAAACGCGUCAAAGCACUCCACUCCCUCACGGCCUGCAGCACCUGUGACGUGCUCUCGUCCACUUCGUAAACGACGAGCCCACAAGCAGCGCGCACGCGUCCGACGAACAUCUUUGAUUGGCUCUAUGUUACCGUACCAGUGCACAUUCUGCACCGAAGACUUCAAAACCAAACAUGAUUGGCAACGCCAUGAGAAGUCACUACAUCUUCCAAUUGAACAAUGGGUGUGCGCUCUCCAUGGACCUCAAGCUAUCAGGCUGGAUACUGGGCGAAUGUGCUGCGUGUUCUGCGGUGAGCCUGAGCCAGACGACGCUCACCUGGAUGAUCACAACUACCAGCCAUGUCAUGAGCGAACCCUGGAAGAACGUACUUUCAAUCGCAAAGAUCAUUUGAACCAGCACUUGCAGCUUGUCCACAACAUCAAGUUCGACAAAUGGUCGAUGAGUUCCUGGAGGGUACCGAUGUCUAACAUACAGUCCCGGUGCGGCUUUUGCGGACUGAAUAUGAACACUUGGGAGGAGAGAAUUAAUCAUCUUGCAGGGCAUUUCAAGGAGGGCCAGACUAUGGCAAGCUGGCAAGGGGAUUGGGGUCUCGACGAUAGAUACCUAAAGCUUCUGGAGAACGCCAUUCCGCCGUAUCUUAUCGACUAUGAACGAAGUACACCAGCUCCGUUUGGCGCCAGUCAAGCGCCGCAUGGAUCACCAACCACAGCCUAUGAGCUGAUCAAGAUCGAGUUGGCUCAUUCUAUGCAAAAUCAAUUCGACCUUACUGGCAGGAUGCCCGACAACUCUGCUAUGCAACUCGAAGCUUGUCGUAUCAUCUUCGCUUCUGAAGUGCUACCUAAAGUCCGGGAUGCAGCCCCUUCUUCCUGGUUGCGUGACCUGCUGAUGUCGUGCAAGCAAAUCGUGGAUCAAGCCAAAUUUGAACCAUUGAGACUCCGCAAUGAAAGUAGAUUCACAGUCCUCAAGAUCAAUGGCAGAGAUAACAUGUUUGAGUUGUGUCCACUCGAGGCCCAGCUCUGGACCUUCGUUAGAGCCAAAGAAGCAACUGGAGUCAUGGUCACAGACGAAAAUAUUCAGGAAGAGGCGAGCAAGAUUAUCAACUACAUGGAGCAAACAUCCAAAACACCUUCCGAUAUGUUUGCAAACUGGCUAAUCAAGCUGAUUUACGCCAGCGCGGACUGGCUCCAAAGCUUCAAGAUACGUGCUUGUUCCGCCGAGUAUACACUUCCUAUCGGACCGGUUACACUAGACCCUGGUCCCAGCCUGGCCUACCACUCGGCUCCAGUGCUACGUCCGUUGCCAUUGCAGAUGCAAACAAACUCUGCUACUCCUGAUGCCAACUUGCCUAAUGUUCAUAUAGACCCGGCGACUUACCACUUGGGGAGAGGUUUGGACACCCCGCUGGAUGAGAAUAACCUUUUCCCGCCAGCGCGGUCCAGGAUGUUUAUCAACAGUACCAACUUUUUCUCGUGGCUUGUCCGCGAUCUGGCUCGUUGGGUAGCAGCAACGAUGUCACCCAACAACCCUAACUGCCAUAUUCCGACUGAUGAGGAGCUUCAGCACCAGGCUCGGUACAUCGUAUACGAUGAUGACGAUCCAUGGAAUCAAACAGCGGCAGAUAACUCGCAAUGGCUGCGAGAAUUCAAGCGAGAUGUCGGCAUCCUCGUCGAACCCAAUACAGAUCCCAGUAGAAUCAGUAUGUGCGGCUUGUACAUAUGA